UUAUACUGAUCAUCAGCUAGUUGAAUUGAAGAUUUAUCUCAAAAUAUGUCUGGGAGAAGGUCGAGGCAGUCAUCAGAAGGAGGCACCUCCAGGAUUUCAGAUGAUCAGAUCAUACAACUUGUCUCCAAAUUGCAGCAACUUCUUCCUGAAAUUCGUAAUCGGCGCUCCAACAAGGCAUCAGCAUCUAAGGUGCUCCAAGAAACAUGCAACUAUAUUAGGAAUUUGCAUAAAGAGGUGGAUGAUCUCAGUGAUCGACUUUCUCAGUUAUUGUCAACCAUUGAUGCUGAUAGUCCAGAAGCUGCAAUUAUUCGUAGUUUAAUUAUGUAAUUUUCAAUCAUUUAUUUAUAUAAUAUAAUUACUAUAUUAUAUAUAUUUGGGUGCACUAAUCAAUCUCCUAUAUACUUA